UAUUUGGGGGAAAACCGAGAGGCCUUAGCGCGAAGCAUACAGACGGAGAGGAAAAACCCAUCCCUUGCACAAAGCUCGAAAUAAAUCAAUGGACUGAAUGAAGACCGCCUAUGACGCCUAUCGAUGCCUGGCCAAGGAUUUGGAUGCGUACGCCAUGAACCCAGAGAUGACAAUGGACAUUGGCAACCUACACGGUGGAAUAAGCCACGAUCAGGACUUGAUGAGUAGCCACAGCCCCCAUCACAAUCGGAACGCGGGGGCUUCUUUACGGAUACACCAGGAUCUGACCGUGGCAUCGUCGCGCUCCGCGAUGGUCUCCAGCAUGGCAUCGAUUCUGGACGGCGCCGGAGGAGAGUACCGUCCGGAGCUGUCGCUGCCGCUCCAUCACGCCAUGAGCAUGCCGUGCGACACAUCCCCGCCCGGGAUGAGCGGUACGUACACCACGCUGACCCCGCUACAGCCAUUACCGCCCAUCUCGACGGUGUCCGACAAAUUCCACCAUCCGCACCACCACCAUCAUCACCACCAUCAACGUCUCUCUGGGAACGUGAGCGGGAGUUUUACUCUCAUGCGGGAUGAGAGAGCUCUACCGGCCAUGAACAACCUCUACAGCCCCUAUCAUAAAGACAUGAGCGGGAUGGGUCAGAGCUUGUCCCCCCUGGCCAGCAGUCCGUUAGGAAACGGCCUGGGCUCCAUCCACAACGCCCAGCAGUCGCUCCACAACUACGGGGCGCACGGGCACGACAAGAUGCUGAGCUCCAACUUUGACGCCCACACUGCCAUGUUGGCCAGAGGGGACCAGCACCUCUCCAGGGGCCUCGGUGGCCCCGCGGCGGGCAUGAUGCCCCAUCUGAACGGGAUGCACCACACCGGGCAUCCGAGCCAUCCUCAAUCCCACGGGCCCGUGUUGGCUUCCAGCCGGGACAGACCGCCCUCCUCCUCCUCCUCGUCCGUGACUCCGGGCGCCGGCUCGGGACAGCUCGAGGAGAUCAACACCAAAGAAGUGGCUCAGCGCAUCACGGCCGAGCUGAAGCGCUACAGCAUCCCGCAGGCCAUCUUCGCGCAACGGGUUCUGUGCCGUUCGCAGGGCACCUUGUCGGACCUGCUGCGGAACCCGAAACCCUGGAGUAAACUCAAGUCCGGACGGGAGACGUUUCGGAGGAUGUGGAAAUGGUUACAGGAGCCCGAGUUUCAGAGGAUGUCGGCCCUUCGGCUUGCAGCGUGCAAACGAAAAGAGCAGGAUCCAGGCAAAGACAGGAGCAAUACACCAAAGAAAUCGCGGCUGGUUUUCACAGACCUGCAGCGGAGAACACUUCUGGCCAUCUUUAAAGAAAACAAACGUCCAUCUAAAGAAAUGCAAAUGACCAUCUCACAGCAGCUGGGUCUAGAACUCAACACUGUUAGCAACUUCUUCAUGAACGCCCGUAGACGCAGCCUAGACAAAUGGCUGGACGAGGGAAGUCCAGGGAAUACGUCCACCUCCAGCACUUGUACCAAAGCGUGAUCCCAGAGGGACGGGGAGGGUUGGGGUGCGCCGGACCCCCGGAAGGGUCGCCGGAGGAGAUGCCGGGCGGUCCCGAAGGGUCCGGUGCUCUGGGGAGGGUGGGUCACUCGACAGCAAACUUUAUAAGAGAGUGGCAGAGAGACAAACUGCUUACUGGCUUACUGUUGUCGACCGAAAGAACGAUGCGUUCUCGUCCAAAGAGAACUUCAGGAAAAACACUGCCUGCCUGACAACUCCAAGGUUUUUCAUUUCUCUUCUCUGCUUCAACUUGCUGAAAUGAUCCAAAACGCUAAACCAAAAAUUAAAAGCAGACUUUCCAUUCUGAAGUGAAGUCAAUACCAAAGAGGUCAGGACGGUAAAAAUGCAUUUAUGACAGUAAUUUCUCAACCAUUGCUUUGUCGCUAGAGGUGAAGAGAUGACAAACUUCAGCCUUUUACUGUUUUCAUUUCCAGAAGUGCUUGUUGAGAAACAGCCCUAAGCUUCAGUGGUUGAAUAGGAACUUUACAGUAAACAACCGCAUUUAAAACACACACACACAAGACACAAGAGUUACUUUAGCACUGCAAUACAGGUGCAGCUUUACCUCUGUAAGGUAAUAAAAAGAGCGCGUGCACCUGUCAGAAGCAAAAGCACAAAACACGGUAAUAAAGUCACACUUCAAUAAAGUCAGGUUGUGAGCACAAUCCUGAAGCACAUUAGAUUUGCAAUAGAUCAGGGGCUGGACCACACCGAUGUUCUUCAGUCCUUACAAAAUAACUCAGGAUGAUAUUUGUAUGAUACUGAACUGAAGAACAUCCAUCUCAUGAGCUUCGGCACACACGACAUCAGCUUUUAGUUUCAUGACUCGACGUGUAUUACGCUAAUAAAUCAAACCCAAGUUGAACAGGCAUUGGUAAUCAGGGCCUUUACAAGAGUAUAAGAGGACAAUCUCCACAUCAAUGCCUGCCAUUAUAGCUUCGCAAAGACUCAUGGGAUGGUGGAAAGGACGCAGGGAUGUAGACAGACUGAACAUCAAACUCUCAGAUUCUAGACUCUCUUUCAUAUACUCCAUCACCUCCUCAUUUAUUAUUAAACCAAAGCCAGAAACAAAGACAAACAAAGCCAGUAAGCAGUUCUCUCCUGGUUACACUGAGGGCCAAAGGCUUUUUCGGAUCACUCAAAAAGACUUUUUCUAUUUAUUGACAAAUCGACACCAAAGAAACUUUUUCUGCACCUAACUGUUCUGCAAACGAAUACUGUUCAAAGGACAACGACAAAGAAAGAAAAAACAACCAAAAAAUGAAAAACACAGAACUGCAACGAACAAACAAGGACGACAAAGAGCACGCGGUCGGAUGGAGAGUUUGUCGUUUUUGGUGGGGACAGUGGAAAACAGGAAGCAAAAUGGGAUGGAAAGGGUUCGGAAACAUGCGACGGCGGCUUCACACGCAGGCAGAAUAAUGCGUCUCUCAAACAAAGCCGAAGAUUGUCUUCAAUGUGUGCCUAUGCAGUUUUUUUCAACCGAAACGGACAAACUAAACCUCAUCAGCUACAAAACCAAAGAUUCAGAAUUUGUCCCGGCGCAGUUCCCCUCCCCACCCGAGCGCUUUAAUGUCCUCUAACAGGUGUAUUGAUGUGGUGAGGAGGGGCGAGCGGGGAUGGAUUCAUUCAGUGUUGCCUCUCUCCAAACAUGGGACGUCAAAGGUUCGGACUACCUCGGUACUUUCCAUCAUCUCUCAUCUCACAGCUAAAACUAAAGGUGUAACUCAGCCUGUUGGGCAGACCAAAGAUAAACACCUUAGAGCACAUGCAAUCUCACCCAUUACUUAAAUCAAGUAUCAAGUAGCAGAAAAACUUCCACUCUUCUUGGUUUUUUACUUUGAUAAAUGCUAGUUUCUGGCCGCUGAACCUCGUGUCCCAUGUUGGAGAGAUGCUCAAAGGCACCGUUUUUCCACAUGAUAUUUCCAACUGAAAAGCCAAUAAUCUGCCAAAACCGCUCACUUACCUGUAGAAAGAAAACUGCAGACUAUAGGUCGAAUAGCUUUAUCCCUUAGGUUGUCUCUUUUUAGAGCUUCUAGUCCAAAGAUUCUCCAGCGCCCAGGUGGGCCUGGAGCCUUCAUCUGCUUCAACAAUACAGUCAGGUCUUAAGGAACUCGGGCCAAAAAGCUUUGCUUGUCUUAGUACUUAUAUUUUGCCAAUGCCUCUGUACAAUGUCUUUCCCAGGUUUUGCAAUAUGUGAUUUUAUUUAAGUAAUUUAUAUUUGUUAUAAUUGAGGUCUAAUUUAAAUUGCCAAAAACUUCCCAGAAACCCUUUUCCCUAAAUCGCUUGCCAAAGUUUACAUUUCGUUUCGCGUGUACGACACCAUCAGACGUAUUUAUUUAUGAGCAGAUGUGCAUAGCUUUGUUUUCCUUUCGACUUAAUUAUUUAAUGUUAUUUAAUUAGAUGUAAUUGUUUUGAAUGACUAUUUAAGAAUUUGCGUGCAUCAAAGAUGCAGCGCUUCUCUGUUAAUUUAUUAGUUAGCUUUACUUUAAAAAGCAACACAAAUGGGUGUAUUUAAUUUUUCUUAGAAAGAAUGAUUUUAUAAAUGUGGUAGCUAUCAGGUUUUAGUUGUGAUUUACACGUACGCCAAAAUCCUUUUGUCCUUUUGUUGAACAAUCUGCUGUUUGAUACUGAUUGAUGGCGCACCGCAUCAGGGUUCUGUUUCCGAGCAGGACAAGCGACCGAUAUUUUCGCCCGAUGUUUUCGAGGCAGAUGAUACGAGGCCACACGUUAACAGAGAUCAAUGCAGAACACACCAAAGAUCAAACCCACGGAUACUGAGAGGGCGUUUAUUCAUUGCUUCGCUCGUAGAAGGACAUAGAGAAAUCCCUUAAAAACUAGAAGAAGCUGCUUCCAAGACUGACUCGUGUGUGUGUAAAAAAGUCUUUCUAUCUCUAUAGUGAGAACCACAGAGGCUACCUCACUGAAUUUUCCAUUUGUAAUUUUAAUCGUGUUGAUGAAACCAAAGAUACCAAAGAUUUCUUUUUUUCUCGAGUACGGUCUGCGCUGGACGCCAUGCUUUAGAUAUUUUGAUAUUCCACUGUUUCUUCUUCUUUCUCUUUGUUUGCGCGAGUUCUUUCGCUCAAAUGCAAUGGAGCAGCGAGGACUCGAUGUCGAGCUGUAUGUAGUGCUAUGUAGUUCCCAUUGCCUUUCGCUGGUCAGAAUGUAAAAAACCCAGAUGCAAAAAUGCCCACAAACAAACACCCAUCUGGCACAGAAACAUCAACACGUUCUGCAUGUUCAUUAACCCAACACAGGUCAGAAGAGACCAAAUAUUUGCUCAAGCACUGGAACGCAAAUGACCUGAAAUGUGCAAAUAUUCAAAGUUUCUACUGUUCAUUCUAGUCAAAAUUUAACAGAUUUAGGAGAGAAACUCUCAAUGUCCAACAUAAUGCAUUAGAUUCCCUUCAGCUGAUAAAGUUAUUCACAACUGCAAGCGUAUGACGUCAUCAAGUGAAUUGAACCUUUUUAACAAACAGUGUUGGGUAAGUUACUCAAAAAAGUACUUAAUUACUAGUUACUAAUUAAAUCUUCAACCAACCACACUGCAAAAAAUGAUUUUCAAGAAAAAAUUGUCUUAGUAUUUUUGUCUUGUUUUCAGUAAAAAUAUCUAUAUAUAAUAUAUUAAAUUUAAGUGAUUUUGUGCAUAAAGCAAGCAAAAAAAUCUGCCAAUGGGGUAAGCAAAAAAAUCUUCAACAUUUUUCUUUAACACUCAAUUCAAGAAAAAUUUGCUUACUCCAUUGGCAGAUUUUUUUGCUUAUAAAAUCUUGAAAAUUUUUCUUAAACACUGAAUUCAAGUAAAAUUCAAGAAUUUUUUUUGCUUGUUUUAUGCACAAAAUCACUUAAAUCUGAAAUGUGAAAAAAAUAGACUUUUUUCUUGGGUCUUAAUUUAUGAAUUUUUAGAUAUUGUUACACAAGACAAAAAUAAAAAGUUUUUUCUUUAAAAUCUUUUUCUGCAGUGCAUGUAAUUAGAUUACUGUACAAAUACCUCUCUACAAAUAGUAUUUAAUGACUUAUUACUAAUUACUUUCUAAAUCCCAUUUAGUAAAUAGUACAUUUAGUAAAGAAUAGGCUUGAAAUGGCUCAAAUAAAUCAUAUAAAUGUACAACAAUUAUUCUGGUCAAUUAUUCUGGUCACAACUAUUAACUACUUUUGCUUUAAUAUACUCCAGCUACUUCUUAUUAAUAACUUAUCAAAGUAUUUAAAGUGAGAAGGAUCCAUUAAAAACAUGCCUUUUAACAUUAGACUGGUGUUAAAUCGACUAUUGGAUUACAGUAUACAUAAUUGUUCCACUGCAGUAUUUAGUUUCAUCAGAAGUAACUGUAAUUAAAAUUACAGCAGUAAUCCCUUACUUUACUUUUUUAAGUAAUUAAAUUACAGUAACUAAUUACACUGCAAAAAUAACUUUCAUAUUUAGUAUUUUUGUCUCAUUUUUGUAUAAUAUCUAAAUAAUUUUCUUGAUGAGCAAAAUGCCCUAAGAAAAUAAGACAAAAACAUUACAAUUAAGUAAAUUUGUGCAUAAAACAUGCAAAAAAUCUGCCAAUAGGGUAAGAAAAAAAAUCUUGAAAUAAGUUUACUUUUUUCGUAAACACCAAAUUCAAGAAAAUGUAUCUAAUCCCAUUGACAUUUUUUUUCUUAGGGCAUUUUGCUCAUCAAGAAAACCUUGAUUGCAUCUUGAUUUAAUUUUUUUAUAUUUGUACUGAAAACAAGACAAAAAUACUAAGAAAGAAAGUCUUAGUUAUACCCAACACUGUUGAUGACAAAUAGCCACGCACAUGUUUUUGGAUCAGUGUGAAUUAGCCUAAAGAUUUACAUAAAAGCCUGUUAGUAACAAUGUUGUUGUUUCUGUGCACGACAAAACCAAAGAUCAAAUCAAAGACUCACAGACCAGACAGAGUCGCUACCGAAAGCUUUCAUCCAGAUUUCCAUGCAGAUCAUCACAUUAUUCCGUUCGGUUGUUAAAUAUAACAUUUACUUGUAAUGAAAAUUCGACAGAAUUCGUUAACAGGGGACACGGACGCGUCACGUGUUGAUCAGUCACACAUUCGGUCGGUAUUAUAGCGUCCUUAAACUUUAAUAGACUCUUCAUUUUCUGUAACAAGUAAUGAUUUGUUUAAAACCCGUGACUUACAAGACGUAGGUAGUGCAAAUUUUGAGAUAUUGUUGGAUGAGUGCCUUGCUUAAACCAAAGCGAAGUUUCGACCUCUGAAUCUUGUGUUUUAUUUACCUCAGUGACAGGACGAGCGCGCGACCGACGCUCAGCGGCUACGCAUGCGCGUUACGGUGCUUUGCAAUGCAAUCAUGCAAAGAAUAAAUAUGAAUAUACCAAAGGCUUUUUUUACAUUUCUGUUUUCUCUUUCGAAUGGUUGCAAAGCUUUAACUAAGAAAAUAAAACCCCUGAGGCAUGUCGAGGCGCAGACCGUGCUUUUCUUACCAAAUUUUUCUCGGAUAUACCUCAUAGAAUAUAGUGUUAGGGUAUUGAUAUUAUAGCGUAUGUAUUAAAUUAUUCACUUACUCUUAUUUUUAGUAACUGUGACUUAAGACAAACCAAGAAAAGCUUUAUACAUGUUAUGUUGUGAUUUUUGUAAUAGCUGAGGUUCGCUUACCAAAAACACAAUGCUUGUCUUUUUCUCUCUUAAUGUAACUUUCACAAUUUUUGUGGUGGAGGUUUUUUCCAUUUUCUUUCAUGAAAUGCUGAUCCUUUUAUUUUAUUUUUAAGAGGGACGGCUCAUUUUCUCCACAAGGGUAUUAUUUUUAAGGGUUGGUUGCUUGAAUGAGCCUGAGGUUUACAAUGUUCAUACUUCCACAGAAAUCAGCAUCACGUCUGUUGUACAGUUCACUUAAAUUCAUUUACAUCAUCCAGUUUGUCUUUUCAUUCAUCUCUUGUCUUUCACCUUGCGUGUGGAAAUGCAGAAUUACAGUAAAAUGUCCACCAAGCAACAAUUUGAUUUAUGCAUGAGUAACUAGCGGUGUGAUGCAUUGUCCUUAAAUAGUUUUAAGUUCAGGAUCCAUCUCAGUUUUUAAACUCUGCCCAUAUGUUUGCAUGUUGGCCUGAUCAAAUUCAUGAAGUGUUCAGCUCAGAUGUGUAUAAAAACUAAAACUUGUUUAGGUUUAUGCCGUUUAGUGGAUCAAAUUAAAAACAAUGUAGCAUUUGAACAAAAUUUUUUUUAUUCUCACAUCUGCUAAAUUAAUUCAUUUGCACAGUGGAUUAAAAUUGGUCAUUAAUAUCAAAAUAAUCUUCAUGCUUUCUGCUCGCACUAGAUAGGCCUACUGGAUAAAGUCAAACACAACUCGGGAUGAAAUUUUACAGACAAUCUACCACUAAACUAACCAGAUUAGACAAGACUUACCAGAUAUUUCAUACCAUUUCAUAUAAUCAAAUCUCAGUCAUGUGUCAGAAUGCAUUAAGACAUGAAAAACAUUUGGAAUCAAAAUGAGUGACUUUAAGAAGUUUGUAUUUUUCAAAUGAAGGAAAUUAUUAAGGUCUUUCCAAAGAUUGUGUAUAAGUGGAUAUAACGUUUGACCCAACAAGACUUCAUAGAUUGUAUUUCAAACAUGAAUUAUUUCCAGUUUCAUAAUUGUUGUUCAUUUGUUAAAUCAUGUACAUGUAUAAAAGUAUUAUUGUUGUUGGAAUCACAAGAAAAAAUGAUCAAAUUUUUGCAUUCAUAAUCAAAGUCUUUGAACAUUAUUCAUAAAAUGUUUGACCGUUAAUAAAGACAACAGGUGAUUUUAUUUCUAAUCCAUUGCUUUCAUGAAUCACAACAAUAAAAUCUGUCCUAAAAUAAUGUUACUGGACAUUUUGCUUUAUUUUAUCAUUUUCGUUUUCACAACAUAAAAGGAAACAACUAUAAGAUAAAGUAACACCAAGGUGAAACUUCCAAAGAUAAACCAAAGAGCGUCAUGUAGUUUACUGUAUAUGUAACUAGAAGACAUCAUUUGAAUCUCAUGAACUCAAAUACACGACACAAAACUUGGUAUGGAAAAAGUACCAAUAUUUUUUUAACCAUUUCAUUAAUAGAACAGUCUCCACAUGCUUUAGAAACAAGAUAUUUUAUUGUCAGAAGGUCAAAUACCACAUUAUAAAUUUGGAUUUAUGUAAAUUAUUCUUAUCCCUACCAAACUAAAUGUUUUCACCAGGAACAAUUACACACCUGAGAUGAAAGUUUUGUAUUAUUUGUUUUGCAUGUGUCUCAUUUCUGGAUCUGUGCGAUCAGACGCUGCAUCCAUGUUCUUCCAUAAUCUCAGUGUCAGGUGGGACUUUAUUAGUAUUUGAGCCUCUCAUCUGUGCAAUAUUAAUAUCUGUUUGAAUAAAAAAAAUAAAGAACGCUGGAAAGAAAGGAGCUGACUCUAAUUAAACCUGAAAGUGUUGUCAUUGUUGAAUGUUUCUCAUGCAAUGAAAUCUUUACAAUACUGUAGAAAGUUGUUGCUGUUCUGAGCAAUUUAAACCCUCAGCAAAGCGAAACAUCACAGCUCAUUCUGUUUGUGUGUUUGUACAGUCAUUUUACUGUCUUUUACUGCAUUACACUUGACCAUGACAUUAGUGUUUCUGUGUCAGGUUUCUUCUGGGUUGGUUUGAUCUUGUGUUUUUGUUCACUAUCAUCAGAUGGUAGUGCUGUGCUUUCAUGCUCUUCAAUAAAUCACCUUCAUUCACAAAA